AUGCCGGUGGGGAAUUGCAGUCAGGACAAGGUGAACGGAAGCUCCGUGGUCCUCAGAUGCGAGCCCGGUACCGACGGCGGGCUCCCGCAGGUCUUCGAAUUGGAAGUGUACGAGGGCGAGCGGGUGGUGGAGAACCGGUCAUCGGACAUCCCUGUCUUCCAUCUCCAGGGCCGGGACCACUCCCGAGGCAUUGCCAUCUACGGGAAGAAUGCCAAAGGGAGGAGUGACGUCCUCUGGGUUGCAUCAUCUUCCGCACGAGAAGGCAAGCUGUCCUUUCGCCUGCCUGGGAACGUGUUGGUCGUGGCGAGCGUGAUCGCCGGACUCGGUGUCGUCAUGAUGGGAAUCGGCGCGGCAUUUUGCGUGUCAAAAGUGCGACGGAAGCGGCGACGAAACGCGACGAGCCGGACCCUGGCCACGUGGCUGCCCCAGGACAAAUCCUCCAUCCCGCUGAGGAAGGACACGGACGACCCCAGCGCUCCGGACGGGAACCCGGACAUCAUCCUCCAAGUAAAUCACAUCGGAGCGGCCGAGCAUGGUGGAUCCUUCGUGGGCUUCGCGCUGCAGGGGGACGCGUGCCUCGCCCUCCCGCCCCCGCCGCCUCCCGUCCACCACCUGGCGACCAUGUCGAGGGCCAGGGCCUCCGCCAACCACGUCCCUCACUCCCACGAACGAGAACUGGUGUUCGGGACCUUCAGGCCCAGGCCGAACGGCACCGCUCGGAAGUGGGGAAGGAGGCAGCCCAACAUGCACGUGAGCUUCUCGGGGGAGGAGCACUUCGUGGUGUUCCCCGUCGAGAACGACGGGGACGACGAGGAGCAGCGGGAGAGCUCCGUGUGAACGGGGGGAUUUGUACAUGAAGAGGACUGACAGGACUGACAGGACUGGGGGUCCGUGAAGGUUUCCGGAGCAGAGUUCGCUGUGAUGGCCACUCGAUUCUGCUUUCCUGUGAUGACUGGGACCUCUCAGAAGGCUGAGCUGUCUCCUUUCAUGCCAACGAUGCCUUCAAGCCUGCAACUGCAGUCUUACGUUGUUGAUCAGAGAAGGAAUAAAGUUUGCUAC